CUCCAACAAUAAGCUCUUUCUUGGAAAUUUCUUCUGAGCCUAUCUGGGGAACUUUUGCAUAUCUAGGCAUUUCACCAUCACUAUUAUUUCUUUAAAAAAAUCAACAAUCUAAACAGUUAUAAAUCACAUCAAUAUGCUUUCUUAUGCACUCUUCCAAGCAUCCUUAAAAACAUAAGAACAAUUUUACCUAGCAAGUGCUCUUCUAUUUCCCCUCCUAAGUGAAUGAAACAGCUCCUGUUUAAAAUUCAAGAUGGUAAAACUUGUAAAGAGUUGCCUGCAAUUAUCCCUCAAGAUCACAAACAUAACAAUAGGAUUUAUGGGCAUUGCCAUGCUCAUCUAUGGUGUAUGGAUGAUCAGAGUUUGGCAGCGCGAUGCUGCCAACUCACCCUCAUCCCCUGAUUAUGCUCAGUUUCCUUGGUUUAUCCAUGCAUUUCUUGGUGUUGGCACUGCUUUGUGUGCAAUCACUUUCCUUGGUCAUGUUGCAGCAAACACUGGCAAUUCCUAUUGCCUCUCAUUUUAUAUGUUCUUCAUAUUUGUGCUUCUUUUAGCAGAGAUUGCAAUUACAGCUGAUGUUUUCUUGAACUCUGAUUGGGAGAAGGAUUUGCCUGAAGAUCCAUCAGGAAGGUUUGAUGAUUUCAAGGAUUUUGUGGACUCGAAUAGCGAUGUCUGCCAAUGGAUUACCCUGCUUUGUGUUCUAACACAGGGAUGUUGUAUCUUAUUGGCUACAAUUCUAAGAACUCUUGGGCAUGUUAAGGAAAAUAGUCAUGAGUAUGAAGGUGAAUAUGCAGAACCAUCAGCUCCACUUCUUCGCCCUCCGCAACUGCCUCCAAAUCCUCUGUAUCCAUAUGUUAUUGGUGAACCAGUUCAUAUUGAACCACAUUCUGCCUACAAAAAUGUUUGAGUUUUGGAAGACAAAAUGGUUUGAUCCUCUUUGUAAAACUAAGAAACCUCUCUUUUUGGCUUAUAUGUUAUUCAAGUCUGAAGAAGUUGAAGUGAAUGAAGUUAUCCUUUAUGGAAAAAUAUGCUAUGUAGCUUCUCCAAUUGCUUAAGAAUGAGCUUUUUUAAUCAGAAACAGAUGAGACCAUUUUAUGUAUAAUUAAGAUAGUGAGUUUUGCAACUUUUAUGUUUUGAGUGGUAUCAUUUUUGUUUAUUACAAUGAACAAUUAAAUUA